GGGCUCUCCUGAGCCAGCCACACAAAGUUUGUCAACUGCUCCUCACUUCUUCCCCCACGAUGGGAGAUGCAGAGAGCGGGAGUGCCCGUUGACGUGUGUAAGCCGCGGUGUGGGUUUGAUGUGAGCAGUCGGCGGGACUGUGUGGAUGAAGCGAGCCGACACACGUGUUGGCGCUGCCCGGCGCCCUGGGCGAUGACAGCCGAGCCCGAGUGAGAGGAGCCCUUCACAGCGGCGAUGACUUUGGCCGCGGUCUCCUGACUGGUGCGGGGUGGACAGUCGGCGGGAUGGAGGUGCAGGUGAUGUGCUGCCUGUGCUACUGGCUGCUGCUGCCGCUCUCCCUCUUGGCGGCUUGCCUCUUUCGCUACAACGCCUUGUCUCUGAUUUACCUGCUUUACUUGUUGCUGCUUCCACUGUUCUUUGGGCCCAGUGAACACACUGUGAGAGGCCACACUGGUCGUCUGCUCAAGGCACUGCUGGCAACAAGCAUUCUCUUCCUGUGUGCGCAAGGAGGCUUUCAGGUCGCCCUGUAUGUUUUGAAAGAUGAGGAUUUGUUGGGCUAUAAUUGCAGCACAUGGGAAACCCUGUCCAGACACAUUGGAGUUACCAGGCUCAAUCUGAAUGAUAUUGCAAACAGCGUUCGACUGGUGGCUCCAGAUUUGGGAAUAUUUAUCAUCAGUUGCAUCACACUAGUUUUUUGUAGUCGCUUGACUAAGAGAAGGAAGUCAAUCCUGAGCAAGGACGCAGUCAGCAGUGAGGAAGAGGAUGUGGAAGAGGAAGGUUCUGAGUUGGAAGACGCAGCAGAGGAUGAAGAAGAUGCAGCUGAGCAGGAGAGACGGAGACAAGCCCGUUUGGCCGCGUUGGCACGGCUGCGAACUGCGGCACAAAAGCUUCUUGAAGCGACCGGGAAAAUUGUGGCCAUUCUCCUUUUGGCAUUAGCUGGAAUUACAGUUCCAUCUGCAUUCUCUGGAGUUUAUUAUUUGCUUUUCAUUGGAAUUUGCACAUGGUGGGCCUGUCACUUUCCAAUGAGCCGUAUUGGAUUUAAUACAAUAUGUGUUAUGGUGGCGUUUUACACUGCAGGCCAUAUCAUCUGCCUGUAUAUCUAUCAGUCUGCAUUUAUCCAGGAGAUGUUCCCCUCUGAUGGACUCUGGUCGAGAUUGUUUGGCCUGAAGGAUAUUAUCCACUCAAACUGCAGCCAUCCUCAUGAGCUUGUCCUCAAUGUGAAUCAUACAUGGCCAGCAUUUGCAAACUUUGCAGUGUUGCUGCUACUUUAUUACACUGUGGCAUCACUGUUGAAGCUGAAGAAAAAAACAGGCCCCACAGAUGUGGCUCGGAAAAAUGGCGAGGAUGUUGAACUGGUAAAUCUUGAGCCUUGGUCAAUGAAACAGAAUGAAUCUGAAGAUGAAGCUAAACCAAUGUUGCAACCUGCCGGUGAGGGUCACGGUGAAGGAGACAGCGACAUUGUGCAUGUCAUUGGUGGACCAGGGCAGCCAGAUGCAGUUGAAACUUUGAAUCACCCUCCCACACUUGCACCGAGAUACUCCCAUUCACUGCUUCAUGGCCUCGGGCACGUGAUGAUGCAACAGAGCUACAUCUGCGCUCUCAUCAUCAUGAUGGUUUGGAGCAUUACGUUUCACAGCUGGCUAACCUUUGUGCUUUUGAUUUGGGCUUGCCUGAUCUGGAUUGUCCGUAGCCGACGACACCUUGCCUUGUUCUGCUCUCCAUUCAUUCUGCUGUAUGGGAUCUUGCUGUGCAGCCUGCACUAUGUUUGGGGAAUGGACUUGACUGAAGAACUUCCAACCAAAAUCGGAUUUGUGGUUCUGAAACAGCUGGGCCUAGCCCACAGGAAGGAUCACUGCCUCAGCCUCGGAGUCAUGCUGUUGUAUACGCUCACGUUUUGGCUCUUAUUGCGCCAAUUUGUCAAAGAAAAAUGCUUGAAGCACAAAGAGGUCCUGCUGAAGGAAGUAACUGUGCCUGAACCAGGUCAGGAGAAGAACGAUGUUUUGAAAUUACUUGGAGAACUCGUCAUGAGUUUCUAUGCCAAGUACUGGAUUUACAUUUGUGGAGGGAUGUUCUUCGUUGUCAGUUUCACUGGAAGAAUAGUGGUCUAUAAAAUUGUUUAUAUGUUCCUUUUCCUCCUUUGCCUGUCAUUCUAUCAGGUCUGUUACUUUCUGUGGCGGAAGCUGCUGAAACUGUUCUGGUGGCUAGUUGUUGCCUACACAAUGCUGGUGCUCAUUUCAGUGUACACCUUUCAGUUUGAUGACUUCCCACAUUACUGGAUGAACAUUACAGGAUUAACGGAGAAACAGUUAGGUGAUAUGGGAUUGGAGAAAUUCGGUGUCAGUGAGCUCUUCUCCAGCAUCCUGAUCCCUGCCUUUUUCCUGCUGUCCUGUAUUCUGCAGCUGCACUACUUCCACCGCUGUUUCAUGCAGAUCACUGACUUGGAGCACGUACCCACAAAGGGAAGUGGCCCACUGCACCGGCUGAAGGAAAAUUUAGUAGCGCGUUCUGAGGAAGCGGCUGAACUCCUUGGGAACGGGGCAGCAGAAGGAACAGACAGCGAGGACAAUGAACGCCCAGUGGCAGAGGAGAGCAGGCUUGAAGGAGAAAUUGCUGGCAAUAAAUGGGGCUUGGUGAUUGACCGCCUCUUGGUACUUUUCCUGAAAUUCUCCAAAGUCCUGAAUUCCAUCCAAGUGAAAAUUUGGAGGCUCCUUGAAUUACAUAUGAUGAAGCUGGUGGCACUGUUCAGUGUGUGGGUCGCAUUAAAGGAGCCGUCAGUCAUGAACUUUCUCUUCAUCGUCCUCUGGGCAUUUGCGAUGCCGUUCGCCAAGUUCCGACCAAUGGCUUCCUGCCUUUCCACUCUCUGGGUGUGCAUCAUUGUGGUCUGCAAAAUGCUGUAUCAGCUGAAGAUUGUAAACCCAGCCGAAUAUUCCAGCAACUGCACAGCGCACUCUCCAAAUGAGACUAAUCUAAAAGCGGAUGAAAUCAUGCAUUCUGGUCUGUACAGAGGGCCCAUAGACCCGGCCAACUGGUUUGGAUUCAGAAAAGAAUUUCCUGUUCUUGCCUACCUCCAAGAUCAUCUUCUUCUGCUAAUGUUACUCGUAUUUGAGAUAACUGUGUACCGGCACCAGGAGCACUACCGCAAGUAUAACCAGAUGGCCAGGCCCACCACCAGUACAUUAUUCCCAGAGAUCACUCGGCAGCACCUCGAUCAAAGUGUCGCCAGCUGUGCCAAGUAUUUCAGCAAUUUCUUCUUCUACAAGUUUGGUUUAGAGGUUUGCCUCAUUAUGACAGUCAAUGUGAUUGGGCAGCGGAUGAACUUCCUUGCGAUCAUUCACGCUUGCUGGUUGAUUGCCGUUGUGACCAGACGCCGACGGCAGGCGAUAGCCAGACUCUGGCCCAAGUACUGCAUCUUCCAGUCCCUUUUCCUGCUGUGCCAAUACCUAUUGUGCCUCGGAAUUCCUCCAGCUCUCUGUCUAGAUUACCCAUGGAGAUGGCCAUCCCCGAUCACCAUUCACUCUAGCCUCAUUAAAUGGUUCUAUCUGCCUGACUUUGUGGUUACCCCCAGCUCCAAACAUCUUUUCUAUGACUUUCUGUUGCUGAUGUGUUCAUCCCAUCAAUGGCAAGUAUUUAUUGAUGAAAGGAAGGAAGAAGUUAACACCAAAGCUGGUGAAAAUACAGAUAACCCUGAUCCCAUGACGGGCAAGGAUCUGAACCCAGUGCCAAACUUCCUUUACUGUCGGUGUUACCUGGACAUGAUAAAAGCCGUGGUCUUCCGAUAUCUCUUCUGGCUCGUGGCAGCAGUCAUCUUUGCAGCCGGCUCCACUCGAAUAAGUGUAUUUGGUCUGGGCUAUCUCCUUGCCUCCUUCUAUUUGCUUUUACUCGGUCGAAGACUUUUACUGAAGCCAGCAGCGAGUCGUUUAAACUUUUGGGAUUGCUUAAUUAUGUACAACAUUACUGUGAUGAUUGCAAAGAAUAUGCUCUCGCUCCUGGCCUGUGUCUUCUUGAAGCAGCUCCAAAGUAACUUCUGUUGGAUGAUCCAGUUAUUAAGUUUGCACUGCACUAUCAAAGGCUACUAUAAUGAGAAUGAUUUAAAGGAUCCAGGGUGUAGUUUGCCCGUGGGUGAAGCUGGCGUUCUCUGGGACAGCAUCUGCUUCUUUUUCCUUUUGCUUCAGCGCAGAGUCUUCCUCAGCUACUAUUUCAUCCACGUGACGGCUGACAUGAGAGCCUCCAAGCUGCAAGCCUCCAGGGGCUUCCAACUAUUCAAUGCCAGCAUCAUCAAAAACAUGAAUUUCCUGUGUGAAACUGAGAUGAAGUCCAAAGCACAAAUAAAGAGACAAAUGGAGAGAAUCCGGGGAAAACAGGAGAAAUACAGGAGAGGUGAAAGAAAUCCCAAUGACCCCAGUGAAAAAGAUGAAGAAGAUAAAGUGCUUCAAUCUGGAGACUAUUAUUUGUUUGAGUCGGACAGUGAGGAAGAUGAAGGAUGCGUACAGGAAGAGCAGAAGCCUCCCGAACACAGUGCCUUCCAGAUGGCGUACCAAGCCUGGGUAACAAAUGCAAAAUUGGCCUUAAAGAAUAGAAAAGAGCAUAAAAAGCUACUUCAGAAAUUUAAACUUGAUGCUGAGACACACAGGCGGUCACUAAAAGGAGUAAAAGAAAGAGAUGAAGUUUUGCAACAGGAGCCCUCAAAUGAAGAAGAAGUGGAGGAAGAAGACGAAGAGGAGGAAGAAGAAGAAAUUAAAUCUAAGGCUAAUGCAAUACAGCGUCUAACGUAUAUUCUGAAAUUUCUCUGGGUCCUGUUCCUUGCCAUGGUUGAUGGACUGACACAAUGGCUAAACACUGUCGCAAAGCAAUAUCUUGACACCUUCACUGUUCUGUGGAUAGAGCGCUAUCUAUUGACACAGAAACUUGCCCAGGGUGAGGGAAUGCAAGAACCUCAAGCUGGUUUUAUUGAGACAUCAGACAAUCGGCCACAGCAGCCGAACAUGGAUCCUGAAGACAUAACAGCGGGAAGUAGUCCACAACUCAAUACCACACCAAGUAAUUCGGAAGAAGAACAAGAAGCCCUGGCGACCUGUGACAAGAGUAAAGCAGUUCCCGAGAGCAGUAAAAUCAAAGGAAUUGAAGAACAAAGUCUGGCUGUGGAUUCCCUGGAAUCGGCCGAAUCUGUCACAGUCUCAGAGGAGACAAAUGUCUAUCCCAUCGCCCGAACUGAAACUGCCAGCGAGCUGCUUGCAAGCAGCCACUACUACAUUGAAGAAUUGGAAGAGUCGGAGAAGUUUUAUGACUCCCAGAAUCGCUUGUUGAAGCUGCUGUUUGCAAUGUACUACGUUGUUGCUGCUAAAUCUGAACUGGCCUGCUACUUCAUCAUUAUCUUGAACAAUCUGACGUCGGCCUCUGUAAUCACACUCUUCCUUCCAAUCCUCAUGUUCCUCUGGGCAAUGCUCUCCAUCCCUAGGCCCAGUAAACGGUUUUGGAUGACGGCAAUCAUCUACACCGAGGUGAUGGUGGUCAUUAAAUACUUGUUCCAGUUUGGAUUCUUCCCGUGGAACAGCCCCCAUGUCGCUUUACUUUAUGAAGACAAACCAUUCUUCCCACCACGAAUCCUUGGCUUGGAGAAAAUGGAGAGUUAUGUUAAAUAUGAUCUGAUACAACUUCUGGCACUCCUGUUCCAUCAGUCACUGCUAAAGCGGUAUGGAUUAUGGGAUGAUCAAGAGGAUCAAAAGAAAAAGGAUAAUGCAAAAGACAAGGAGGCCGUGCAAAAACCACCAGCUGUGAGCCUGGAUGAUGCUGCAGCUGAAGACGACCACAUUUCUGUCUUGCAACCAGAGCAGGAAGUGACAAAGCCUGGCUUUCUCUUCAGGAGGAGGAAGCAAGCCAAAGUAAAGGAAAGUUCAUCCCGAAAGCCGAGGAAGAAACGCACGAAAAAGGAAAAGGCGAGCAAGAAACUACGUGAAUUUUGGAUGAAGCUGAAAAACUUCCUUUUUAAGAUGGUGCAGAGUAUUUGUAGGCCUCUGCGCAACUAUUUCUACAACGUUCUACAUACAAAAUACCGUGCGGCAACGGAUGUAUACGCACUCAUGUUUUUGGCUGACGUGGUAGAUUUUGUGAUUAUCAUCUUUGGAUUCUGGGCAUUUGGAAAGCAUUCAGCAGCUGCCGACAUUGCAUCCACACUGUCUGAUGAUCAGGUUCCUGAAGCUUUCCUGGUGAUGGUGCUUGUUCAGUUCUCCACAAUGGUGAUAGAUCGUGCUUUAUACCUGCGCAAAACUUUACUGGGAAAGCUCGUUUUCCAGAUAAUCCUUGUGCUCGGGAUACAUUUCUGGAUGUUCUUCAUCUUACCCGCAGUCACAGAGCGAAUGUUUAAUCAGAACACAGUGGUGCAGCUGUGGUAUUUUGUGAAAUGCAUCUACUUUGCCUUGUCGGCCUACCAGAUCCGCUGUGGAUACCCGACCCGCAUCCUUGGCAACUUCCUCACCAAGAAAUACAAUCACGUCAACCUCUUUCUCUUCCAAGGUUUCCGCCUGGUGCCGUUUCUGGUGGAGCUCCGUGCUGUGAUGGACUGGGUUUGCACAGACACCACGCUCUCCCUGUCAAACUGGAUGUGCGUGGAGGACAUCUACGCCAACAUAUUUAUAAUCAAGUGCAGCCGUGAGACAGAAAAGCGUUAUCCACAGCCUAAGGGGCAGAAGAAAAAGAAGAUUGUCAAGUAUGGCAUGGGAGGCCUCAUCAUCCUUUUCCUCAUCUGCAUCAUCUGGUUUCCUCUUCUCUUCAUGUCGUUGGUCAGAUCGGUAGUCGGUGUAGUGAAUCACCCGGUCGAUGUGACAGUCACAGUUAAACUUGGUGGCUAUCAGCCCCUGUUUACAAUGAGUGCACAGCAACAUUCACUUAAACCGUUCGACCAAAAGGAUUAUGAUAACCUCUGUUCAAUGUUUGAACGCAAUCCAGCUGCUAUGCAGUUUAUUUCACUCUAUGGAUAUAAGGAUAUCAUGACUGCGCAUAUCGAGGGGAGUUCGGGGUCGUUGUGGAGUGUGAGUCCACCCAGUCGCCAGGCAAUGAUUACUGAACUCAAAAGCAAUGAAUCCGUGAUGACGCUUCGCCUGAUGUGGAAUUUUCAGAGAAACUUGAGUCUAGGUGGAGUCCAGGAACACGCAUCCGAGAAGCACAACAUUGAUCUGGAACCGGAGAACCCUGUGCGUGAGCAGUUGGCCGGUCUUCUCCUGGGAACGCGCAAGGAACCAGUGUUGAUCUCACAUAUGCUGCCAAAGUACAUCAGAGCUCCAAAUGGCCCAGAUGCCAAUCCUGUUGAACAGAUAAAUUCAGAGCAUGAAAACAAUUAUCUAAACGUGACGAUGGAACUGCAAAGGCACGUUGGCAGGAAUGCAAAUGAUCCGGACGGAAUCUUGGAAUGGUGGGUGAUCCAGACCAAAACUGAGGAGUGUAAACAGAACGAGUGUAAUGAACUGCAGAUGGUCAUCUUUAGUGACAAGGUCAGCCCACCAAGCCUUGGCUUCCUCGCUGGACACGGAAUAAUGGGUCUCUACAUCUCAAUUGUGUUGGUUGUCGGGAAGUUCGUGCGAGGCUUCUUCAGUGAAAUCUCCUAUUCCAUCAUGUUUGAGGAGUUGCCUUGUGUGAACCGUAUCUUAAAACUCUGCCAUGAUAUUUUCCUUGUGAGAGAGAACGGAGAAUUGGAAGUGGAAGAAGAGCUCUAUGCCAAACUGAUCUUCUUGUACAGGUCACCUGAAACCAUGAUCAAGUGGACUAGAGAGAAGGAUUAAGAAGCCAGUUUCUUUCUUUCUGCUUCGGUCCCUUCUUUCUCUGCCACUCUCCCAUUUACUCUUCACUGAGCCAAGUUGAUCUGCACACAGAAUUACCUCAGAUUGUCACAAAUCUCUCGUGCCUGCUUUAGCUGAUUAUAUUUGUUCCUUGGAGAACAAUCUUCCUUCACUAGUUUUAAUGAAAUGAACGUAAUGCCACGGCAUGCAAACACUACUCCUGGAUUUGGAUUUAAACCCUGAAAUGAACCAGUGGCAGUGUUGUAUAUUUGAAGACUGCGUGUUGAAUGGGGAAGAAACUGGGCUGUCUUGUUUUUACCACCUGCUUGCAUCAAAAAUGUUUUUUUUUUUUAAUCAAAUACUGACUUUGGCUAGUCAUUUAGUUUGGGUCAGAAUUGCGGGGCAGGUUAUUUAUCCAGGUCAACUGGGAAAGCUAAACCUGUCACCUGUUUCAUGGGACUUGGUGAAACGUGAAGAAGACUGACUAUACGGUUCUACUUCCUGACCGACAAAAGUCUCACAAUGUUCACAGUUCUGCAAAGAAACCACAAGGAUAGGGAGCCCUUGUACAUCAUUGAUACAUUUUUGAUAUUUUUAAAUAGAUUAUUUUUGGAAAACCUGCUUACCGGAAGAUCAUUUAUACAAAAAUAUUAUCGAUGACUUGAAACACUCCCUGAGGAACAAUCCCUGAGGAACAUCACACGUUGAGAAGAAUCAUUGAAUGUCAGAUUGAAUUCUUGAAGCCGGGCUGCUUUAGUGAGGUUAAACCUUUAGCAGUGUGGCACUGGGACAUCAUAGCUAUGCCAAAGGAACAUCAUGUUUAUUUUACACUUUCAAACUGAUGAAUUUGUGGCCCAGUGCAAUUUCUCAAAAGUGCCUGCGAUUCUCAUUAAUCUGGCUGCAAUCAUUGUAAAAUUACUAUUUUUGAGCAGCUUUAAUGUUCAAUGGGGCUUUUGUGCAACAACCCAGUCAUCCAACCUUUUACUAAAGGUCAAGUCGCAGUUGAUUCUAAUUACUGGAUAUCCAUAUAUAUAUAUAUAUAUAUAUUAUAUAUAAAUGAAGAAUAUUUGUAAAGGAAAUGAAAAUGAUAAAAAUGAUACCUUUUUCUAAAUUAAAGAAGUCCUUUGAAUGACUACGGUUGUAUACUUUCCUGUUGUGAGA